AUGUUUACAAAAAGUGUAAAACAAACAAGCCAUUUAUUAUCAUACAAAAAGAUCCUGUUAGUUAAAAAUUCUUUAUUGGAUAUGUUGAACAUAUGUUUUAAAUGUCUUUAAGACUUAAGUGUAGAAUAAUAAAAAAAAUUUUAAUUAUUUGCUUCUCAAGAGGAUAGUGGAUAUUCCACUUAAUUCAGGAAUUUUACGGCCUUUGUUGAAAUGGUUUAUGAUGUUGCCUAUUAUUGCCAAAAUUUAUAUUUAACUUCAUGUUUUGUAAUUUAAUGAAAGUUUUAAUAUUGAAGAAUAUAUUUAGAUAAUAUAAUUAUUUUGAUAUCAAUUUUUAGCAGCCUUAAGAUACACUCAUUUUCUAACAAAUGAAUGCAAAUUCUACUCAAAACUACUAAUAUUCAAUCUAUUUACCCAGAUCCUUCUGUUUUGCUUAGAUAGCUUUAUAAUUUAUCAGAAUUGAAAGAUAUAGAUGGAGUGAUACACCAUGUGAGAAUAUAAUUGAUAUAAAAAGUAAGAAGAUAAAAUUAUAUAUGAUGAAUAAUGUUGCAAUUGGAGGAGGCAUUCCAUUAUUUUUUUAACUCUUCGUUCUGGAGUAAAUGUUGCCACAUAUUUAUUAAAAGUGGUUUCAUCAAGAAUGA